GGCUUCUGCUCGGAGCUCCCGCUCGGGAGGCGAGAGCAUGUUAUGGGCGCGAAUCUGGCCAGUCGAACCUCCCAGUCCUCGUUCUCUUCCCCACUCGCGCCAACGGCUGCCGAGCCCUGAUCAUGCCCAGCCAGACCGCAAAGUUUUGAACUCAUCUUCUCCUCCUACCACAUCCCCGUGCAGCACACCCCUCCAGCCGUCGGAACGACCAAGACGCGACCUUGGACACGACUCUGCAACGGCUUAGCACGCGCAACGACCUUCCUUUCCACCCACUCAGCUUUCCUUUCCACCCAACACGCUCUCUAGAACUCUCCUUCACGACAUACACUUUCACCGGCCAUGGGUCCUGGUCGGUCUCCUAGCCGUCUGCGUUCCAAAACUUCAGACAUUCAAGACCUAAUACGUGGCAGCCAGAAGCACCAGUCGUCGGAUGCUCUGGUACCGCCUGUGCCCGCCAUUCCUGCCACCGAACCCACCACCCCGACGAAAAAUAGGCGCAAGCUUGCCGAUCUUCUCAGCCGUAAGCGCAAAAGCGGCGGUCUUGCGCACGACCACAAAGACGAUGAGGAGUCUCAUCCUGCUGUGCCCGAGGCUUUGCUCAAAAGGUGA